CUAUGGCAGUCGCCCAUGGCUGCCCUCUGUGAAUACAUUUGUUUUGAUUCUUCCUUCCCUUUCCUUCACCCCGGCGCCGCUCUUGUUUUCUUCUUCACCCUGCUCUUCCUUCUCUUCUUCUUCUUCUUCUUCUUCUUUCCCUUCUCUCCUAUCACCCAUCUUCCCAUUACCUUCAGACGCGUUUACGAGCUUAGCGAAUACAGCAACUUUCUAUUCCUCGCGAUCGAACUCGUACCGCUUCUUUCACCACUUCUUUCACCCAAAGAACUUGUUUCUAGAUUACUUCUCACCAUGUCUGGGGUUUUCUCGACUAUGAGACCCAGCGUGGAGGACCACCCAAUGCCUGACGAAACUGCCAAAGCCCCCUCCGCAGAGAGUCCAAAGUAUCAGCUCCGAUCCGUGCAUGUUCCCGGCAAUCCAAAGGCUGUGAGACUCAAUGGAAAACAUGAAGUCAAGCCCUCCUUCCCCCUCCGCACCCCGCUCAUCAGACCCGAUCAUCGUUUCUCCCCGAAUAGUCGCGCGGCCUCAUUCCUUGGCGUUGAUGCCCUCCAGAAGAGCGGUCGUAAUGCGCAUUCAUCUCAUCUUUUAAGCCAUCUUGGUACCAGCAAAUAUCUAUCUGCCGGCCUGAAUCACGUCUCCUGGUCGAAUAACAAACCUCUCAGCCUCCCUUUUGGUCCAGACAGGUCAAAUGAAACCGGUUACCUUCUUGGAGGCAAGUCUAUUGGUAUAGACAAGAAAGCUUUUCAUAUGAAUGUCAAUAAACAUUCUGGCUUUACUACGCCUUCUCGCAAGAGAUCAAUGGAAGGUGAUGGCUAUGAGCAAGCUCAACCCAUCACUUCACCUUCUGCUAAAUUCCGUCGUGUGAGGGCUGGUAGCUUUGCACGCAGUGCUGCUGCUGAACUUGAGGCCACUACCAACGAAGAUGAUUGGUACCCUGGCUCCCCCAUGGACAUCGACACUCCUGAACACAAUAACGAACCAAACAUGGUUACAGCCCUUGCGGCAGUUGAAUCUCAUCUCGCUCUUCCUGAAACAUCUCCUAAGUCGCGUCGACUGGACGCUUCCGAAGUCAAGCCUGUCACCGCUCUUGCGGUCUCGACCACCCCUAGCACUCCAGAGAACCAUAUGAUGCCUGGAGCGUGGCCCGAAUCAGUGCCGUCUCACUGGUCCACCGAUGCCGCCACCGAUAUCGAAGAUAGCCCUAUGACUUCCGAUGAAGAGAUCCUAUCCAACAAUACGGACAUGGCCGACGCUGGAGAGCCGACUAUUCCUGUGAAUUCGGACGCCGAACCACAGCCUUCCUCACCUUGGUAUGCUUACUGGGGGACGUGGCAUAGCUACUUGCAGACAGUUGUCUCCAUUCCCACUGGAAUUACUCAGAACUUUUCCUAUGCGGCAAGGUCCGCUGCGAAUGCGGUUGGUGCUGCUAGGCGACGCGUGUGCGCACUUUGGAAUCGCCGCGGUGGACGUCGUCUUCCUUCGCCUCCUGGAUCACCCACGCGCCUCAACCUUCGCAACCUUUCUCCGGAACAGCAGGAGCGUGUGGAUCGUGAUAGGAGAAUCCGAAGCGGACAAUCCAGCCCCCGUACCGACAAAUCUUACCCCGACUUCUCCAACGUUCCUAAUUUCUCCCAUAACAAGAACACGGCUCCUACAGUCGAGUCUUCUCAGAUUUUGCAGGACCUUGUGUCUCAGGAGCAGAUGCCCCAGGCACUCAGAGACUCUGUAUCUGUUCAGCGACGUGCUCGUGAGUCAAAGAACGUGGGAACUCGCAAACACCCUGGGAUGCCGCCAGUUAAACAGCCAGCUCGGAGAUCCCCUCCACGCUUGGCUCAGCGUUCAGCUCAACGUUCAACUCAAGACACAGCCCAAAAGCCUCUCCGUCGGCAAGGAAGCCCGGGUAUUCGCAAGCAAAAGCACAUUACGCGUGCUGAGCGCGCCGAGAACCGUGAGCGAUCUGCUGCGUUCAGAGCCCUCUUCGUUGGGGACAUCGCCGGCAUGAAGAAAGCUAUGGAGGCUCAGGCCGCGCGUGACCGUCAAGCCUCCGCCGCAGGUCGCCGUCCGGUUGAACUAAACUUGAUGAGAAGCAGCUAUGAACUAGACAGAGCUCAAGACUUGAACAUGUUGGCGAAUGUUCAGUCUCGCUCGUUUACUGCAGUUGAUCAACUGGGUGCAACUGAAAAGGUUCUCUCAUCAUCAAUCACUGUUGCACCCAAGACAAUUCUCAAGAUAAGAGGAAGGCCCAGCAUUUCUGGGAAUAGAACUAGAUCUCGCCGCGCGACUCCGCGCAGGGUUCGCUUCCGCGAGCCUGUGGUAGCCGAGUUCAUUGACGACACGCGAGAUUGGGGUGAGGUGGAGGACAACCUGGCACCCCAUCUCGGAGAUACGCUUGAUGUCAAUGAGAGAACUACCGAAACCAGUGUUGGCACGAAAGCUGAAUACACAGAAAAGGAAAACGUGCCCCCAGCCCCGGAGAACGAGGAAGAGAAUGAGCCCAUCGUUGACCCCUGGUCCCAACCAACCUUUGAGUUCCCGCUGGGUCGAGCAGUAUCAGCUGUCAGUCUAUUUUAUCCCGAGCCAAAACCCAUUCCAGAGGGCCGAACCGAGUCUGUGUACGCCGACCGUUGGAGACAGAUCCAAGAAGAAGAGAGGCAGAAGGAGCUCCCAUCACGUAUCAAACCGGAUGGUCCAGCUGUACGGCCCCUGUCUCCCGAAUGGGAAGCUCGAAUCAAAGAACUUCAAGAUGGGCGCGUAUCCGGAGGAAAAACCGUCGCGACCACCCUCUCCGGUGACCCUCUAACGAAGAGGAGCCUCGCCACCUGUUACACGCGCGGCGAGUGGCUUAACGACGAGGUGAUCAACGGAUACCUUGCCCUCAUCGUUGAUUACCUCCGUCGCAAGAACCACAACGCCGGCCGCAACGACAAGCCCCGAUUCCAUGCCUUCAAUUCGUUUUUCUUUUCGAAUCUCAGAGACAAAGGCUACGAGUCCGUGGCCCGGUGGGCCAAACGGGCCAAGAUCGGCGGCUCACUCCUCCUCGACGUAGACACCGUCUACAUCCCGGUCCACAACAGCCAGCACUGGACGCUGGUUGUUGUGCGACCGGGGGAACGCUCAAUCGAGCAUUUCGAUUCUCUUGGGGCCCGGUCUCGCCGCCACAUCGCGGUAGUCCAAACUUGGCUCCGCGGCGAGCUGGGCCCCAAGUACGUCGAGGAGGAGUGGCGCGUGUUGCCGUCCCUGUCCCCCCAGCAAGACAAUGGUUCAGAUUGCGGGGUCUUCCUCCUCACCACGGCCAAGGCUGUGGCCAUCGGCCUCGAGCCACUAUCUUACGGCGCGCAAGACACUCCGCUCUUGCGCCGUAAGAUAGUGGCCGAGCUGAUGGCCGGCGGCCUGGAGGGGGAAUUUGACCCCGCCCAGCAAGACCAUGUCUUGCUAUGAUCGGGGACGGGGACGGCGGCCCUCCCCCCAAGAGGGGGGGAGGGUCAAAACAAAAAAGAAAAAGAAAAGAAAAAGCGAAAAGAGGAGGGCAUUUCAUGGCAAAGGUACGAAGCGUCAGUUUCUUUGUUUCCUCUUUCCUUGAUCUUGUAUCUACAUGUUUCGGUGCUUGCUCUGCAGGUACUCACUUUGCGCUUGUUUUGUUUCCUGGACGUUGGUGUUUGGUCUCUGCUUGUUGGCUUGGGCGUUCUAACCACAAACAGGUUCAGGUUUCUAGGCAAGGAGGAAGAGGAAGAGGAGGAAGAGGAGGAAGAGGAGGAAAGGACAUCGUUUGCAAUUUUUUUGGGUUUGCUUAUAAGCGUUUCGCAUUGUCUUGUAUGGAUACCCCGUCAGUCGAGCCACAGCUCCUGGCAUGCAUGUUUUCGGCUUUGUUUUGGUGCGUGUUUUGGAAUUUGUCUUGGGAUUGGACGUUUGGCAUAGGCAUUGGGCAUCAAGCACGGCGCAUGAGAUUUGAAGACUUUGAGGAACAGCGGAUG